CUCGGGCUUAACGCAGCGACGUACUUGUCAACGGCGUCGGUGUCGCACGUGUCUGAGGCGGCGUACCCUUCUCACAUGACAAAGUGCAGCAAUGUCUCCUUCGGCAGGUGAUCCGUGGCACGAUCCACUCCCCAUACCAGUCCUGAUCUAGACGUAUAUGCUGGCAUGCUGUUGGAGAAGCACAUGAAGCUGCUGCGGCUGUACGGCGGGCUGCUGAUCCAGCGAGCGCACAAACACACCGCGCCGCGGCUCUCCGAGAAGAAGCUGAGCCGCUGUUUCGUGGAUCACCGCAGGGUGAAGGUAGUGGCGGGAUCGGGGGGGAACGGAGCCUCGUCCUUCCACAGCGAGCCCCGGAAAGAGUGGGGCGGACCGGACGGUGGAAACGGAGGAGCCGGAGCAGACAUCAUCAUCAGAGUGAACCGGCAGGUGAAGUCACUGUCCUCUGUGUCAACGGUGUAUCGUGGAAAAGAUGGAGAGGCAGGAAGCAGUCAAAACUGCUUUGGACGCAAUGCCAGCCCCACCUACAUCGCAGUUCCUGUCGGCACGCUCGUCAAAGAGGAGGGCAGGACGCUGGCAGACCUCUCGCAGCACGGCCAGCUGUAUACGGUGGCGUACGGAGGUGCGGGGGGCAAGGGGAACCGCUUCUUCCUGUCCAAUGAGAACAGAGCGCCCCUGACCGCCACGCCCGGAGAGAAGGGCCAGGAGCGCGUGGUUCAGCUGGAGCUGCGCACCAUGGCCCACGCCGCACUGGUUGGUUUUCCGAAUGCAGGCAAGUCUUCUCUGUUGCGUGUGAUCUCGAAUGCGCGUCCGGCUGUGGCGGCGUACCCCUUCACCACGCUCAAGCCUCACGUGGGCAUCGUCACGUACAGAGACCACCAGCAGCUGGCAGUGGCUGAUAUUCCCGGGCUGAUUCCCGGCGCUCAUCUGAACCGCGGGCUCGGCGUGUCUUUCCUCAGGCACAUCGAGCGCUGUCGGCUGCUGCUGUUCGUGUUGGACAUGUCUUCCGCCGAGCCCUGGGAGCAGUUCCAGCAGCUGUGCUUCGAGCUGGACCAGUACAAACCUCAGCUGUCCCACAGACCUCGUGCCAUUGUGGCCAACAAGAUGGACCUGCCGGAGGCCAGGGGGAACCUGGAGGCUCUGAGGAGCCGCGUCCAUCAGACGGUCAUCCCUGUGUCUGCGCUGACCGGACACAACACGGCGCAGCUGAUCCUGCACCUCAGAGAGAUGUACGACAGCUACCCGCAGAACUCCUAGAGGAGGAUGCAUCUGCGCCCUACACGGCUUCCCGUAAGACCUGGACAUGCAGGUUAACAUCAGACUGUAGUUUGGACCACUUCCACUGAACGUGUCGAGUUACUGACCGUCGUCAUGACAACAUAAAGCUGAAAAGCAGGGGCUUUCUGCACUUCUCACGUGAGGAUCUCAGGAAGGGAAGUCAUGCGAGUGCUCAGUCAUUCCUGAUCUUCUGCUCACACGGUAACGGUCUAUUCUUCAGCUGCAAGAAAUAUAUAUAGUAUUUAAUGUAUUUUUUUAUUUUUAUUUAAUAAAAUAAUACAAUUAUAACAUCUUUUAAAGUAUAAGUAAAUCAUUACACAUUGUUCAAUUUAUAUAAUGGUUUGUAGUUUUCUAGUUUCAAAGCAAUAAACUGAAUGAAGAGUGUGUAUGUUAUUUUUCUCAGUGCUGGCCUUCAGGUCAUGGUGCUGCUGAUGUAAUCUAUAACACUUGACUGAGGACAUGUGCUGAACUGAAUGUUCAGAUGGGUUUGUGGUGAUAAACCUCUCCGUGUGCUGAAGCAGCACAGAGCGCCAUCUGCUCAAUCCUCAGUCCACGCUUGCGUUCAGAAACGUUCUGUCGGUCCGGUCACUUGCAGAUUGAAGUUGAAGUAAGACACGCUGAAGGUAAUUUGUAUUCGCGUGUCGCUGGCCACUUGUUGGCUAAAUCAGCCGGCCCUAACAUAGUAAUAAUCAUCUUCAUGAUCAUUUCUUCUGGGCCUGAAACAGGUCGAAAGCUGUGGAAUAGCCUGUGAAAUGUGCAAAUAGUUAAACUUCAGAGGAGGAGACCGGUUUGCUGGGGAACUGGAUGCUUUUCUUCAGUUGACUUUGAAUAGCAGGACAUACAUAUGAGGAUGUUAGCUUUUCUUUGACGUUGAGAGCAUGUGUUGUUAAGCGUUGUCAGUAAUCGUUAACAAUUAUUGGAAUUAUCAAUGCAUUCUUGAGUUUGGUACCAAAGAAGAAAUACUGUAAAACUGCACUGGCGGCUUAAUGCAGUUCUUGCAAAUAUAAAAGGAUCAUUUCAUAGUCUGUUGUAAGUGCUGAUGCCGCUCUGAUCGCAACCCACAAAAACCAAGUCCACGACCAAACAUACAGCUCAUAUUUGAUACAUGUUGAUAAUGUUGGCCAUGAAUCCCCCAGGAGGAGUACUUAAAAGUUCAUCACAAGCGCUUUGCACAAGUAGCAGUAAUGACCGUCAGUGUGAAAGUGCCUGUAACUCUGAACGUUUGUGGCGUGAUGAGUACAGUGUACCGUAUGAAAGUCACCUGUACGAUUUAAGUCCGGCCACACUGUAAACUGAUCACAUCAAAUGAAUCGGUCUGCAGUUGCGAUCCAGAGUAGUCUCUCUUACAACCAAAACACACUUCAGAGAGCUACAGCGUGAGUUCUAAGCAAAGCAGAGUAUUCCUUCAAUAGAAUCAAACUUAUUCAUUUAUCGUUGAACAAAGGCUUUGAAAGUGGUUUGGGUAAUCCAAGGAACAGAUAACACAUUCAGAUUCACCUUCAUCCGCAUUGGUCCUCCUUAACAUCCCAUAAUAUGCCCACCUGUCGCAUGUAAAUAUUUUUAAUUGGAAGCGUGUUAUCGGACUCCUCGACUCUUCCCAGGCCUGCAGGAGUUUCUCACAGCGUUUGUAGAUGAGUGUUGAAACGAGGGCAACAUGUCUGAAUCUUGUGCUGAGACAGAAACACAUGACCCGAGAGUCUCAGAUAACAUGUUUCCAUCGUCUCGGUCUCUCUCGGAGCCGCACACUUCUGUCCUUCUUCCCUAACCUGCUCUCAGAUUAACGUGUUAUAAUUCCUAUUAUUUCUAUUAGUCAAGUACAGAGUUUAAAACAUGGACAAAAAAUUUCCAUCAAAAUAAUGUUUUACUAAACUGUAUUUGUAUUGUUGUUGUUAACUGUGUCAUAAUUUCUUCAUCCUCAGUUAGCAUUAGCAUAUGCUACAAUCAUCUCUAAGUUUCUCAAAUGUAUUAUUUUUGCAGAUGCUAAAGUACCAUUGGCUUUAUGUGUCACGGCCUUAAUAUGUAUCAGAGAGGUUUCUUCCUUUCUUCUGAUUAAUUUAAUGUGAUGAUUUUACAUCAUAAUUCAUGUACAAUCCUCACCUGUGAAAUAACGGUCAAAGCACUGGAACAUGGUUGAAAUAAACGUAUGAUUUUUCAAU